AUGAUGAACGAUGUCGAUAUUUUUGGACUUUUACGUCGAUGCAUCGGCGAUGUAUCGCUCUUCAAAACAUCGAUGCUAACAUCGAUGUUUCAUGAACGAUACAUCGAUGUUUUGAAAACAUCGUAUCGUUUGCAUCCCUAGGUAGCCUACAACUCACGUAGUUUCGGUUCCCUAUCACGUUCGUGCAACUUCGGAUUUCUCUCAAAAAUUGAAAUUUAAAAAAAUCGUAGGGUUAGGUUAGGUCAGGUCAGGUCAGGUCAGGUCAGGUCAGGUCAGGUCAGGUCAGUCACAAUAUGCUUGAACUUCUGAUUUAGCGGCUGAAGUGGCGUUAAUACCAAAACGCAAAACUUCGGAAAUCUUCGGAAAUUCUUGCAGUGAACCAAAACUAUGUGAGUUGUAGGCUUCCCACGUGAUGGCAGAUAACCUAUGUUCGCGCCAGUGUGCUCUGUAGUUAGUCUGAUUACUGUCUUAAUUUAGUUUUGUCCUUAUGGGCCUUGGCUAGCGAUAUUACUUGUGUCAUGAUAUACUAUUAUUUGAGAUAAACAAGUAACCGGGAAAUAAUAUCGUAAUGUUUUGAUGUUGUGGUGAAGAUGGGGAAGUGUCGUUUUCGUAGCGAGUGGCUAGAGAGGCGCGAUGAUAAUGGAUAUAUCAUUAACGAGUGGGCAAAAAAACGUAACGAUACUGAUGUUUUUUGUGCAGUUUGCUGUGUCACAAUCAAAAUAUCAACCAAAGGGUAUCAAGCACUAUCUCAGCAUGCUACUUGCGAGCGACAUAAGAGUGAAUGUCGGAAUAAGUUGGCUCCUAGUCAGCUAAAAUUCUCGGUCGUUCGACCUUCAUGUUCAGCUUCCACAUCAAGAGAAGUGUCCUCAGAAAACCAUGUUAAAUGUCUUUACAGUGUACGAGAUCGUGCAACAAGUGCAGAACUGAAAUGGGUAAUGAAAUGUAUUAUUACAAAUUAUUCAGCAUCAUCUUGUAGAGGAACAGCUGACGUUUUUAAAAGUAUGUUUGAUGAGGGUGUGCCUGAGGACUUCAGCCUGAGCAGCACUAAAUUUAGGUAUCUACUAACAGAUGCAUUAAGCCCAUAUUUUCGCAAUCUUAUUUUGAAAGACAUGGAUGGUGCAUACUAUUCAGUAUGCUACGACGAAGCAACAAACCACACAGGUAGAAAGGAACUGCAAAUUGCUAUCAGGUACUGGUCUAACACGAAGCUACAGAUUAUCACUCACCAUCUUGAAACCUUUUUUAUUGGAUCAGCUACAGGCAAAAUACUAGUUGAGAAAAUUAAUUCUGCACUAGACAAUGCUGGGUUACCUCGUCAGAAGAUAUUAAUGUUAGGGAGUGAUGGCCCUAAUGUCAACAAGAAAGUUGCUCGUAUUAUAUGUGAAGAGUUGGUUUCUAUUCGCAAGGCACCCCUUGUUAAUAUUGGCACAUGCAGCAUCCACACACUUCACAAUGCAUUUCUCAGUGGACUUGAUAAACUUGGAGAAGAUGUAGCUGAUUUGGUAAUGGCUGUCCAUGAUUUUUUUGAUGGUUGGCCUUCAAGAUGUGAGGACUACUUACAAAUACAAGAUGACCUAUCUGUUCCAAAACAUAGUUUCAUCAAGCAUGUUCCGUCAAGGUGGCUUACCUUAGAAGGAGCUGCAUCACGAUUGAUCGAACAAUGGGAAGCUCUCAAAAAAUACUUCCUAAGUUAUGUCCCCAAGAAGAGAAAUAGCCUAGACAAGAGCAACAACUACAAGAGAAUAGUGAGUUUACUAAAAAAGCCUACUAUAAAGGCUGAACUUCUUUUCGUGUGCAGCAGUGCCAGAGUAUUCACAUGCUUCACUGGUGCAUUCCAGAAGGAAGAACCAAUGAUACAUGUUAUGCAUGAUGAACUAGACACUCUUGCUAAGAUUUUGCUUGGAAAGGUUUGCAAACCAGAACUCAUACAAACUGUUGGUGUAAGUGAAGAUUUACUAAAAACAGAGAACCUACUUCCUGCCCAGAAAAUCCAUGUUGAGAAAGAGAUUUUGACAGAAAUUUCAAAGGUGGAUGAAAGGUUUCAGCUGGAGUUUUUGGCUGGAGUGAAAAACCAUUAUGUUGAAGCUGUUACUCGUGUUAUCAGAAAGUCACUCCUAAUAUUGAAACCACUUCUGAAGAAUUGCCGUUGCCUCUAGCCAGAAGAAAGGGUUUUACACCGCAGUUGUCGAGACAUUGUUGCUCUAGCAAAGGGUCUGCCCAUUGUAAUUGAUGAAAGUAUUCUGUUAGAUGAAUGGAAACUACUCCAGUGUGAAAAGGAAAGUGUGUGUGGUGGCCGUAUAGAUGACUACUGGGCUCAGUUUUUUGUUUUGAAGAACAGUAUUGGUGAUGAUAAAUACCCAAACGUUGCUAAAGUUGUAAAAUCUGUUUUGGCUCUUUCACACGGAAAUGCUGACUUAGAGCGAGGGUUUUCUUUGUCCUCCCACAUCUUAACUCAAGACAAAGCUUCCAUGUCAGAAAGAACACUCAAUGCAGCAAUGACUGUCAAGAAUGCAAUAAUGAAGAUGUACCACAGCAAGCCUGAUUUGGUUCCCAUUACAAGAGAGCUAUUAGCAAUGGCUCGUGUAGCUUAUAGCAGCUACCUUACACACUUGCAAAAUGAGAAGGCUUUAAAAGAAGAAGCAGCUCGGAAGAAGUUGGAAACAGAUGAAAAGAAAUUAGUGGAAGCAGAGAGAAUACAAAAACUGAAAGAUGAGAGAAAGAUAAUAGCUGGUGCUCAGAACAAAUUGAAGAGUUUGCAAAGUGAAGAGCAGCAAAAGGAAAGACUGCAGAUGCACUUUUUGAGGAGGCAAAUAAGAGAUUAAAGAGGGCUGUAUAAAAGAAAGAUAUGCAGGAAAUUGGAUUGGCCCAAGCCAUGUUGGAAGGUGUUUACAGAGUCAGAAAAGAAGCUGCAGAGAAGAAGCUUGAGGUUGAUACUGUACGUACAACACUCAGUGGAGAAAAGGAAAUCUAAAAUUAUUUGUGACUAUUUUUCAAAAUACUCAAAAAAUUAGAUGUUUUGUGUUGAUGGAGUGUUCUGACAUAAGUUUGCUGAUGUUGAAAUGUUCUUAAAUUGGACUAGAUACAGUUUUGUAGUAGGCCUAUGGUGUCUUCUUAAUUAAUAUAAUUCUUAGUUCAUUUUAUAAGACAAUAUAAAAAUGAUAAUCUUGACAGAAUUUUCAUGGAAACCACUUUUAAGUCACAGUUUACAUAGUUGACUUAUCUUUCACCA